AUGAAUAUAACUAGAAAAUCAUUCAUACCAACAUCUGCUAGUCCAGUGAUAAGGCUUAGAAGAUUCUAUUCCCAGAAGCCCCAAGAAAUAUCAAAUUUAGCAAAAAUAUUGGUGAUUCCUAUUACUCAAGAGAAGUCAUACAUACAUUUCAAAUAUAAUGAAGAUUUGGUGAAUAAUGAUUCCAUUAUUGUGAAAUAUGAAAACAAAUUAACUUCAGUGGCUUCUAAAGGUUGGAAUAAACUAAAAGAGUCUGAUAAGUCGUAUAAUAAGAAGAUUGUUCAUUAUGUUGAAAUGUUUUUGGAAAGAACACCAUGGGUCGAAAAUUCUCUCAUCUCUAUACCUUCCAAAUCAGCUUUAUUAAGACAAGUUUAUGACCAAGAUGAAACUGAUAAAGAUCCCCAAUAUGUGAAGUCUUUGAAAAGUAUAGAUCAAGUCCAAAAUGAUCAUCAAUUAUUGAGUAUUCCAGUCUAUUAUCCAGGAUCAAUAUUGUCAGGUUCUCAAUUGAAAAGUGAACUGUUGACUUUAUCUCAACAAGGCCAAAGAUAUCAUAGAAAACAAAUGGCUUGGAAUGCAAUAGGAAUACCGUUGACCUUACCAUUUAUCAUCGUUCCAAUUGUUCCAAAUAUUCCAGGUUUUUAUCUUGCAUAUAGACUUUAUUGCAACCUUAAGGCCUUUUUAGGUGCUGAACACUUGGAACAUAUUGCUAUCAGAGAAGAUUUGUCGUUUAUAGAAAACAGUGACUUGGAUGAAGCUUAUAAGGGACAAGAUGGAUCAAGUAAAGUCAUAUUGACCGAAGAAAUAAUUGAUAAUAUAACUGAAAGAUUUAAAAUUGAAGAUGUGAAGGGACACUUAUUGAAAGCAUUAAAACAAGAAAGACAAGCCGUUCAAGAGAUGCGUAAUAAAUGGAGAAAGAAGAGAGUCAGAAGACUUAAGAGAAAGAGACGGAAGGCUGGUGCUAUCGAAAACGCUCGUAAAGAGAUCAAACGUAUCUCCUUAGAAGACCACAAGGAGUCUGAAUAUGGUCAAAUCUAUUCUGUUUCUGGUCCUGUCGUUAUCGCAGAAAACAUGAUUGGUUGUGCGAUGUACGAAUUAGUUAAAGUCGGUCAUGAUAAUUUGGUUGGUGAAGUUAUUAGAAUUGACGCUGAUAAGGCAACCAUCCAAGUUUAUGAAGAAACUGCAGGUGUUACUGUUGGUGAUCCAGUCUUAAGAACUGGUAAACCUUUAUCUGUUGAAUUGGGUCCAGGUUUGAUGGAAACUAUUUAUGAUGGUAUUCAAAGACCUUUGAAGACUAUCAAAGAACAAUCUCAAUCCAUUUAUAUUCCAAGAGGUAUUGAUGCCCCAGCAUUAUCAAGAUCAAUUGAAUAUGAUUUCAAACCAGGAUCAUUGAAAGUUGGUGACCAUAUCAGUGGAGGGGAUAUCUUUGGUUCUAUCUUUGAAAAUUCAUUAUUAGAUGACCAUAAAAUCUUGUUGCCUCCAAGAGCUAGAGGUACUAUUACAUCUAUUGCCGAAGCAGGCUCAUACAAUAUUGAUGCACCAAUUUUGGAAGUUGAAUUCGAUGGUGUUAAACAUGAAUACUCAAUGUACCAUACAUGGCCUGUUCGUGUUCCAAGACCUGUUGCUGAAAAAUUGUCUGCUGAUUACCCAUUAUUGACAGGUCAAAGAGUUUUAGAUUCAUUAUUCCCAUGUGUUCAAGGUGGUACUACCUGUAUUCCUGGUGCCUUCGGUUGUGGUAAAACUGUUAUUUCACAAUCAUUAUCGAAAUUCUCAAACUCAGAUGCUAUUAUUUAUGUUGGUUGUUUCGCUAAAGGUACUGAUGUUAUCAUGUAUGAUGGUUCUGACGAAAAAAUUGAAAACAUUAGAGUUGGUGACAGGGUUUUGGGUAAAGAUGGUACAUCAAGAGAAGUUGUUGCCUUACCAAGAGGUAACGAUACCAUGUACAAAGUUACUCAAAAAUCUUCCAAAGCUGAUGUCAGCAAUAUUUCAUUCACCUGUAACGCUACACAUUUAUUAGUUGUUAACACUCCACAAAGCAUAAAGUUAAUUGAAGACAAUGUUAAUGGUAAAACCUGCACUCAAGUUGCAUAUUUUGAUAUGGCUAAUGAAGUCGUUGAUCGUCGUCCAAUCAAAAUAGUGAAGGAACAAAUCAAAUCAUUUGAACAUGAGUUGUUUGGUGGUGCUUCAAAAGCUUUCGAACAAGCUACAUUAUUUAUGUCAUCAUUGAACCGUGAAGGUUUCGAAUGGACUAUUGAAGCUAGAGAUUACAAGUUGUUGCAAACAUCAGUCCAAAGAGCUACAAGACAAAUGAUCAGUCCAUGUCUAUUGGAAACCAACCAUAUUGAACAAUCACUUGUUAAACGUGGUGUUUCACAAGAAUCUACUCCAGCUUUUGCUUACCUCAUUGGUUUAUUGGCAGCACAAGAUUCCAAAGCUAAAGAAUUUGCUUCAAAGAACAACUUCAAUGAGACUAUCCAAGAACUUGCGAACACUUACAAAAGCUUACCAAGUCAAUUAUCUUAUGACAAUAUUGAAAUCCGUGAAUAUGUUUUAGCUGCAUUGAUCGAUUCAAAUGGUAAAGUUGGUCAACAAAAUACUGUUAUUGAAACCACUGAUGUUGAAGUCCGUGACAGUAUGGUUAAACUUGCACGUUCCCUUGCAAUUCGUGCUUCGGCUCAAGAAUCUUCUGUUACUUUAAGUGGUGAAGCUUUAUCUUCUGUUUUGAACAAAUGUACUGUUGCUGGUAAACAAUUAGCUGAAAUGAGAUCAAUUGAACGCAAAGCUGAAGCUUUCCAAUUUAGUUUGAAGACUGCUGGUACUGAUGAUUACUAUGGUAUCACUUUAUCUGAUGAAUCAGAUCAUCAAUUCUUAUUAUCAAACUUGGCUUUGGUUCAUAACUGUGGUGAAAGAGGUAAUGAAAUGGCUGAAGUCUUGAUGGAAUUCCCAGAACUUUACACUGAAAUUUCAGGUCGUAAAGAACCAAUCAUGAAGCGUACCACAUUAGUUGCUAAUACUUCUAACAUGCCUGUCGCUGCCAGAGAAGCCUCUAUUUAUACUGGUAUUACUCUAGCUGAAUAUUUCAGAGAUCAAGGUAAAAACGUUUCCAUGAUUGCUGAUUCAUCUUCAAGAUGGGCCGAAGCUUUGAGAGAAAUUUCAGGUCGUCUUGGUGAAAUGCCUGCUGAUCAAGGUUUCCCAGCUUAUUUAGGUGCCAAAUUGGCUUCUUUCUACGAGAGAGCCGGUAAAGCUGUCGCUUUAGGUUCAUCAGACCGUGUUGGUUCUGUUUCUAUUGUUGCUGCUGUUUCACCAGCUGGUGGUGAUUUCUCAGAUCCUGUCACUACGUCAACUUUAGGUAUUACUCAAGUUUUCUGGGGUUUAGAUAAAAAAUUAGCCCAAAGAAAACAUUUCCCAUCUAUCAACACUUCUGUUUCAUACUCCAAAUAUACCAAUGUCUUGAACAAAUAUUAUGAUGGUAAUUAUCCAGAAUUUCCAGCUUUAAGAGAUAGAAUAAGAGAAAUUUUGUCAAAUGCCGAAGAAUUGGAACAAGUUGUCCAAUUAGUUGGUAAAUCUGCUUUAUCUGACUCUGAUAAAAUUACUUUAGAUGUUGCCACAUUAAUCAAAGAAGAUUUCUUACAACAAAAUGGUUACUCCUCAUAUGAUGCUUUCUGUCCAAUUUGGAAAACUUUUGAUAUGAUGAGAGCUUUUGUUGGUUAUUACGAAGAAGCUCAAAAAGCUGUUGCUAAUGGUGCUAACUGGUCCAAAUUAUCAGAACAAACUUCUGAAGUGAAACAUUCUGUUUCAUCAGCUAAGUUCUUUGAACCAUCAAAAGGUGAAAAAGCCGGUAGAGAAGAAUUUGAAAAAUUAGUUCAAUCCAUCUCAGAAAGAUUCGCCGAAGCAAGCGAAUAA